GAGACCAUGAAUAAGUCAGGGAUUUCUACUGUGACACAGUUUGUCUUGUUGGGCUUUCCCGGUCCCUGGAAAUUGCAUAUCAUUCUUUUCUCAGUGAUUUUGUUCAUCUACGUCUUGACUCUGACUGGGAAUAUAGCCAUCAUUUGUGCAGUGAGGUGGAACCACCGACUCCAUACCCCUAUGUACAUGUUCCUGGCCAACUUCUCCUUCCUAGAGAUCUGGUAUGUGACCUGCACAAUCCCCAACAUACUGGUCAAUUUUCUUUCCAAAACCAAGACCAUAUCCUUCUCUGGUUGCUUCACUCAAUUCUACUUCUUCUUUUCCAUGGCCAUGACAGAUUGCUUCUUCCUCUGUGUCAUGGCUUAUGAUCAGUACCUGGCCAUCUGCUAUCCACUGCACUAUCCCUCCAUCAUGACUGGGCAGCUCUGUGCCACUGUGUCUCUUUGCUGGCUCACUGGAUUCCUUGGACAUUCAAUUCUUAUUUUCUUCAUUUCUCAACUACCCUUUUGUCGUCCCAAAGUCAUUGACCACUUUCUGUGUGAUGUGGACCCACUGAUGGCAUUGUCCUGUGCCCCUACACCCAUCAUAGGCCAUGUAUUCCAUUCUGUGAGCUCUCUUAUCAUCAUUCUCACCAUUUUAUACAUCCUUGGAUCCUAUACCCUGGUACUCAGAGCUGUGCUUUAGGUUCCUUCUUCAGCUGGGCGGCAAAAGACCUUCUCUACCUGUGGCUCCCACUUAGUUGUGAUAUCUCUCUUCUAUGGAACCAUAACAGUGAUGUAUGUGAGUCCCACAUCUGGCAACUCAGUUGCUAUGCAUAAGAUCAUCACACUUAUAUAGUCAGUAGGGACAUCAGUCUUAAACCCCCUCAUCUACAGCCUACACAACAGGGACACGAAAUGUGCCCUCCAUCAGGUCUUUUGUAGAGUGAGAAUUAUCCAAAUCUCAUGA